AUGGUACUCUCAAGAUUCAUCACCCGGCCCAAACCAUCUUGUAGACUACAUCAGUGGAGUCCGAUCCAACUACCAAGCCAGUCGGACUUCUCUACCUGUGCAUCUUAUCAGCAGAAGAGCCCUCCCGAGCCGAAACCGACGUCCGCAAUCGCCGCUCAGCCGGCCAGCUUACUAAAAAUAAUCAACCAACAGAUCCUCGCUUCCGGACCAAUCUCAGUCCCGGUGUGGAUGAAGUUAUGUUUACAUCAUCCUACACUCGGUUAUUAUUCCAGAACCGAUCGAUCGAAUAAAUCCGAUCCAUUCGGUCAACAGGGAGACUUUAUCACCAGUCCGGAAAUCAGCCAGGUCUUUGGAGAGUUAAUUGCGAUCUGGUUUAUUAGUCGAUGGCAAGCUGCGGGCAGCCCAACACGGACCCGAAUCGUUGAACUUGGUCCGGGGAGAGGGACGUUAAUGGCAGAUAUAAUCAGAACUUUCAAAUCAAUAAGAGCGUUUGAUAAUGUAGAUCUCUCGGUUCAUUUGAUCGAAAACAGUCCGUUCAUGCGAGCACUUCAGGAUCAAAAACUCUCUCCCUUCGAUGAUCUCAAGGAGAAAGUUAGUUGGUCUGAUCGGAUUGAUGAGGUAGGCAAAGUUGAUGACCGAUGGACAAUGGUGAUCGCCCACGAGUUUUUCGACGCUUUACCCGUGCAUAUCUUCCAAAAAACGGCGAUGGGAUUUCGAGAAGUGAUGAUCGAUCUCAACAACGCAGACAUGUCUCCGACAGAUAAAUCGCUCCGAUUCGCGCUUUCUCCUGGGCCCACAUUGGCUUCUCAAAUGUUAAUUUCAGAAGAACAUCAGAAGCUGCCCGUGGGUGCCAAGUUGGAGGUAUCACCCAGUGCCACCCAAAUCGCAGGUGGGAUUUCACAGCUGCUGAGAUCCGAGGGAGGUGGCACUGGAUUAAUUGUCGAUUACGGAGCCGACCGCCAUUUCUCACACUCCAUACGAGGAUUCUACCAACACCAAGUUGUCGAUCCACUCAGUCGGCCAGGGUUGACGGACAUCACAGCAAAUGUUGAUUUUGCCAGCUUGAAACGAGCACUCAAUCCAAACGUGCAAACGUAUGGACCAAUCACUCAGCGACAGUUCCUCUUAUCGAUGGGCAUCGAAGUGCGAACCAAGCGAUUAAAGCAGUCUUCAUCCCUGACUGAGGAUAGUUCCCAGCGACUGAUUUCUCCCUUGGGGAUGGGAGAACAGUACAAGUUCUUGGGAUUCGAAAGUCUUCCUAGUCGUUUCUCGUCAACCGACGCUCCUCAGGAAGUCUACCCUUUCGUGUCCUGA